CCGGAACGGGCGGGGCCGGGCCCGGGCGAGCGCGGCCGGAGCGGGGCCGGGCCGGGGCCGGGCCCGGGUGAGCAGGGCCGGGCCGGGGCCGGGCGGGGGUCCCUGCGGACCCGGGCGGGGGUCCCGGCGCGGCCCACGCGGGUCACCAUUCCCUGCAGGCGGCGCUGAGGCCCCGGGACGAGCGGCCCGGCCGGUGAGCGCCGCGUCCCGCCCCGGCAGGCAGGCAUGUGGUCCGUGCUGUGGGCGGCCGUGCGCUCCAAGGCCCCGUACGUCACCUUCCCGGUGGCCUUCGUGGUGGGGCUGGUGGGCUCGCAGCUGGAGCGGUUCCUGCGCGGAGACCCCCCGCCCACGGCCCAGGACGAGAAGAGCAUCUCGGAGCAGCGGGAGGACCGCAAGCUGCAGGAGAUCGUGGGCGAGGACGUGACCAAGGUGGUGAGCCUGAAGGACAAGCUGGAGUUCGCCCCUCGGGCCGUGCUCAACAGGAACCGCCCCGAAAAGAGUUAAUAAAGGGUGGUUUGGGUAAAGGAGGUGCCCUGGAGCGGCUGCUGGGGACUCCCUUGACAGUGCACUGCUUCCACCAGCCUCCCUCCUGCUGCUCCUUACCCGCCCGGGCCCUCCGCAGGGUCAGGUUUGCCCACCCCAUGGAUUUGCACAAGGUACCCAGAGCUCGGUGGCAGAGUGGGCAGGGAGAUGGAGAUGGAGCGAGUCUGCAAGUCCUCAGCUCUCGCCAGGCCUGGCUCCUGGACCACAAAACCCUCUCGGCCUGGUUCCACCUGUGUCUCCUCAGGUUUGAUUUCUUCCAUGGUGUGAAGGUAGAAGAAGUUUGGACCUGAGUGCCACGGGAUGGGUCAGGCUGACCUCCAGUGACAGGAAGAACUGCUGCCCUGCUUCCAGAUCCCCUGUGGCUCUUGAUGAACCCCAAUACAGCCCCACGCCAACAGCCAUGGAGCAUUCUGGGGACCCUGUCCCUGCAUCAUCCCUCCCAGGAACGGUGACAGGGGGAGGUGAAAGUCCUGGUCCUGCUCUGUUGUGGUGCUCUGAGCGUGGCGAUGUGUCGGGAACGGGGAGAUCCCUGCCCUCUGCACAAUAAACUUGUGUCAGUC